AUGACGGAGAGCGAUGGGCAACCAUCCGAAAGGAAGAAAAAGUCGAGAAAUCGCAGAAGGAGGCCAGAAACCACAGCGGAGCCCGUCUAUGAAGUCCUGAAAAAUCCAAAUCCGUCGCCUUAUCCGAAGCCACAGCUCUCAACGGUGCCGCCACCGAAUGAAAAGCUUCGGAUGGCGAAUGAGAGGCAAAGGUUAUCGCUUCUAGAUUCCCCUCUUAUCUCAGUUUUUUCUUCAGGGAGGAAUAUUACGGUCCCACCAAUGGUCACGCGAGAAGGGCGCCAUCAGCAAUGGGACUGGUGAGGUUCUUGGGGAUUCUCAAAGGAAAAGGCCCUUCAGACGCAGGAGAAGUUCUCCAGCUUGCUGCAAUACAGUUUGUCCGAUUAUCCCGUCGCUCCGUGUGAAAGUAUUCAAAUCGAAAACACCUACAACGUGAGUCGACAGUCCUGUCAACGAGUUUCCACUGCUCAAAAUUCAGCUCGCCAUCAAAAAUAUCGCCAAAAUCAAUGCGAUUCACAUCGUGGUUACUUUCCAAAAGCCGCUUCUCCCGUUUCCGAAUCUGAUGGCUUGCGCCUUGAUUUCGGCGAGAAGCAAGGACAAAUGGAUCCGGGCCGCGAUUACCGAAUGCUUUAAUCAACUGGACGAGGCGAGAGGUGGGUAUUUGAAAGAUAUUUAAAAAACUGUCAAGGAGGAAAGAAGGAGAAAAAAAAAAAGGGUUUUCGGAAAUUUUUUUUGACACCUUUUUAGAAAAUCAAAAAGGCUCUUCUUUUCGAGGUCGUUUGGACUUCGCCUUGAAAUAAAAAAGUACAAGCCCAAUCAAAAUAUAAUUUCAAGGGAAUCACAAAGGACGGGUCGGUGUUCACAACUCUUCCCUGGAAUACCUGCAAUCCAACUACAUCACCCAGUCCAUCAAUGUUUCCAUCCUCAUUCUCCUCAUGUUAUUGCUUUUGUUCAGCCUGCGGAGAGCGAUCAGUUGUACUUUUGCAGCCUCUGCGAGGCCCUUCUCAGAACUAUCGAAAGUGUCCGAGAACACCUCGAGUCGAACGCCCACAAAGAUGCCGAAGAGGUCAAGCUUCUCUCAAUUUCCAUCAUCCAUGUUGGCUUCAGAUCCUGAAGGAACGCUCCAAACUGAUUUCCAUUCUGAAACCGCCUUCAGGGAAGCAAAUCACGGCUAUAAGUCAAGCUUUCAAUGAUCUCUUGCAAUAUAAGGUGUCCUACGGAUUAAGAUUCAAAACCGAAAAAGUAAUCAUUCAGAUCAAUCCAAAAAUUGUGCUGGCGGACGCUGUGGAGAUAAUAAAUUGGCUGGAAAACGGGGUGUUCCCCUCCGUCGACAUGGGAUCGGUCAAGUUGACGCUCUUCGGAUCGGUUCUGUACGAAUGCUGCGACGACGACAGCGACAUCAACAUUUCUUUCAACUCCGAGGACGUCGAUCUGUCGAAAGUCGCCGAGAAAAUGGAACUCGUUCUGCGGAAAAUCGAGCAAGAACGUGUGUGCAACGAUUCCAAUUGUUGACGAGCGACUCAAUUUUGCAGAAAACGAAAAUUCGAAAAUUUCCGACGCCUCUUCCACCAACUUCUACCAGUUCAAAGCCAUCAAGUUCACCUACAAAGUAAACUGUCUUGAUGAAUCAUUUUUGAAAUGACCAUUUUGAGGGACGAGAAGUUAAGUUAGUGUGGCGAGCGAUUUCGCCAGUUUGCACAUCGACUUUGAUCCACACUUAUGUGUCUUUGAGACCGGCAGUCGCUCUUUUUUUGCGAUCGAUUCGAGCUUGGGCCAAGGUUUUUCGUUGAAGUUCAAACUAGAUUUUCUAAUUUUUGACUAUUCACACACUUGAAAAGCGUGGUCAGUACUUGAAAUUACUUGAAGCGUUUCUGUUGAACUUUCAAAGAUUCCUUGUAAGCUUGUAAAUGUUCGGCGCAAGUAGCUUCAGGUUUGGCGCUCACGAUCGCGUCGAGUCUUUCAAAGUGCGAUUAUGUUUUUUUUGAAGCGAAAUGAGAACAUCUGGAAAAAUAAACAAAAUUAAUUAUCAUUGAGACUAUCAAUGAAUAUAUUUUCAUUUUCCAGACCUUGAACCUGGUAAACACGGAGCAGUACGGAAUGAAUUUGUACGGAUACGACCUGAUUUGUAUCCAUUUCCUGCAGAAACAGAAUAUGCUCCCUUAUUUGCAUGAAGUUAGCAGAAAUUCGUUCUUUUUUUAAAGAAAAGAUAAUUAUUUUAGAUGGUGGGAAAUGAGGCUUUGGAGCCUGUGGAAAACGAGUCACUACACGAGCGGAAAAACCGUAUUCGCCAAAUUUAUGCCAAAGAUUAUGACGAGAUCGUGAGUUAUUGAAAAUUUGGUAUAAAAAUGAUAGAUGCUAUUUUUUCAGCUUUCGGAAAAGUAUCAUUCUUUUUUAGCAUCAAUUUUUUGUUUUGACAAGAAGUGUGUAGUUCUUUCAAAAUUACGGGUUCAAUCAGGUUCAUAAUUUUUCAGUUGUAUACAAAACUCGAAAAAUAACAAUUUAUUUUAAUUGAAAUGUUGAGGUUCCAAGGAUUGAUAGUAUAUAAUCUUUAUCUACAAAAAAGUUCAUUUUUAGAGCCAAAAGUUCGAUUUGAACAAAGAGUGGCUCAGCGGGCUCCUGUACCUGAAGUUUUUCGAGUACUUUUCGAUGAAACAUAAAAAUACGGCCGUGCAGGUUCGAAGACUUCUUUUUUACCUUCAACGUUGCGUCUCUUUUAAGAUUCUGUAUAGCGAGGAGAAAGAUCCCAGAAGCGUGAACCGCAAAGGCCUCACUGUUUCCGGUGUGUUCGGUCGAAAUGAACUUCUCAAUCAUCUCGUUUCCCAGACCCUUUCCGUGUUGAGAACGUUUUCUGCGUCUUGAAAAACUUCAUGAACUAUUUCUUCAACUGCUUUUUCGCGACUUUUGUCUAUUUGGCGAUCCCUCGCGACGAGAAUGGGCCUUCGUUGAGCAUCGCGUUCUAUCAAAAGGUAACUUUAAACUUUUUUAUGGCUGUAGAAUCUUUUUUCUUUAACUUUUCAAAAAAAUUAUUCAAAAACUGUGGUAUUAUCUAUAUCUUAAAGACUAUUUUGGUACUCGAAAUCGUAAAAAAAAAAAUCAAUUUCUCUGCUAAAUUUAUUUUAAAAACACAAGGAAAUUUUCAGAGAAAGGAAUUUUUGGACCAAAAAAAGAAAUUGAAAGGCUCGGUCAGCGACGAGAAAGUCGUUGAGAAGCCUUCUUUCUCUCAUCGGUUCGGUCAAGCCAAAAUACAAGAACUGGAAAAUGUCCAACAACCGAGAAGAGUCCCCGAACCGGAUGGUUUCCAAGUUCUGGAGGAAGUUCUGGAACCGGAGAAAAUCCGAGAGCCGGAACCUGAACUGGAAACACUUUCUUUCUCGGAAAAUGCGAACAUCACGGCAUGUUUUUUGGAGGAAUUUUCGGAUAAUUUCAGUUUUUUCAGGAAGAAGAGUACACCAAAGCUGCAGAUGAACUGGCCGAAGAAGAAGACAUUGGUCAACUCGAGAGGGAGCUUCUGGUAAACUGGAUUUUUCAUCAAGAUAAUUAUUAGGAAAGAGAGAUUUCUCUCAUUUUCAGGGAAGAUAAGAUUUUUAUUGAUAAGAAGGAUUUUUUUGGGUUUACAGUUGAAAGUUGAAAGAAAUUUAAUUAAAAAGAAAGUUUUUCAUUUAUCAAAAAUGUUGUACCCUAGUUUCAAAAAAAGGUUAAAACGAGUUUUUUUAGUUCUUCGAAAAAAAUGGAAUGAUUUUUUUAUUAAGAUUGAAAGAUUUUUUUCGAAAAAAAGAUAACAGUUUCUUCAUCGAAAAAGAAGGCUUUUUAAAGGGUUUUUCAAAACAAAAAAAUGGGAUAUUUAUGUACCGAAAAGUUCAAAAUUUCGCUUUGACAAAAAAAUUUUUUUAUAUUAAAAAAAUAUCAGGAGUACCUGGAGUUCGAUGGAAUCCUCCUCACCGAUUUGACCCCAUCGGAUGUUGAGAUCGACGAGCAUUUUUUUCUGGAAAAAUACAGCCGGAAGACGUUCUUGCGUGUGAAACGGCUGCUGGACAAUCCUUAUUCGUCUUUUUGCGCAUCAGAAAGAACGGAAUAUCAAGGUUAUUCAUUCUUUUAAAAUUAUGAUUUCUCCGAUUUCAGCUUUUUUAAAAUUUAAAUUUUGAAGAUUUUUUGUGUAAACAUAUUAUUUAACUUGAGAAAAAAAUUGGUUAUAAAAAUUGACAAAAUUUUUUUAAUAAAUUUCCUUCAAAAAGUUCAAUGUAAAUAGGAAAUCGGAAAUUGAAUUCUUCAACCUUUUGAGAAUUGCUUUCAAAAACCUCUUUGUUCUUUUCUUCUGUAUUUCAAAUCUCGAAAUUUGUUCAGGCAGUACGGGAAAAGAUUGAGAAAUCUCCGAUCUCUUUCAAAUUGCUCAAGCAUUCUUCUCCAAGCUGGGAAUCUGUCAAGGAUCUGAGUUCCUACAAGGUUUAUCCCUACCCUUUUUGCGAAAAUCUGGGUAAUUUCCAUUUUCAGAACGGCUUUGAGAAACUUGAAGAACAUUCUCAAAAUUUUGCCAGCGAAGAGGAUUUCUCGGGAAUAUCGACUUCAACGGCUGUUCGUUUCAUAAUUAUCAGUUUUUAAAAAAAUCCAGAAAUUUUCGAAGAACUUUGACGUUUUUUUCAAUGAAUUUACAGAAAAAAACUGGGCCUUCCGGAAAAACUUUAGUUUUUUUUGUUGAAAUAGUUCCUGUUAGUUCGUUUUUAUUUUCAAAAAAAUUUAAGAACAUGUAAAAAAAUAUUCCAAGCGCUUUGUAGUGGAAAUAAUUUUGCGAACUUUUUUUCUUUGAUUAUAUUUUUUUAGUUUUUUUAAUGCCGUGUUCAACGUAAAUUCGGCGAUUUUUAAAUUUGACUUUUGUUUGGUUUGAAAUUAUCUUUCGAAAUGCGCAAUGGAAUUUCGGAGCCAUUGAAAAAAAUUGGUCCUCAAAUCAAUAAAAUUAAAAAAAGAGAAACUUUGUUUGAAAAAAAUGCCCUACUAAUUCUAAAAUUUGAAGUUCCACGCUCGUAGUACCUAAUUUUUAACGGCUUUUGGGAUCCCAAUUCUGCGUUUUUCACGAAGUCAAUUUCAAAAAUCACCGAAAGUAUUUUUGAACACGGAAUAAACAUUUUUUUCAGUUUAUAUUCAUUCUUUUUUUUCUAUGAAAACUUCCCAAGCUGAAUAGAUCAAUUUUUCAUGUUAAUUAUUGUACUCUCCUCUAGAUGGUCAACUCACUGUUCGUUCCGUUCCAAGACCUCAAUCUGCACGAAAUUCCUUCUUGCUCAAACGAUCCGAAGAUUCCUGAAGUUCCUGUUAAAGAAGCAGUCGUCAGUUUUCUCUCAAUCUUCUUCAAUAAGACUAUGAGAUUUUUUGAAGGAAGAAGAUUCACGAUACUGUCAGGAAGAGUUGCAUAUCAGGUACAACUAUAAUGAGAAGGACGCCAAGCGGGUUAUUAUUCUAUCAUAAAUUCGUUCAAGAUCCUUUUUUUCUAGGUUUUCACUGAAAAACGGAAUUUCGACUACACCUUCACGAACAAUUCUGAUUUGAAUGGAGGCUAUGUUUGAAAGUGAAAAAUUGACUUUUUUAAGUUUCUUUUUUUAGGAGCUCGAAGUUCGAUGCACGGUUUGUGAUAGCCCGCAUGGACGAAACGCUUGUCCCUACAUGAAAGUAAAUUUCGGUGAAGUUUCUUUGAGAAAAUCAAGUUUAAGCUCGAGGAAUAACGAAAAAAAAAACAAGUAAUACAGUUCCUUUCGAAUUAAAAAAACAUGCUUUUUUUAACCACAGCUUUUUGUAUUUAGUUUGAUCUCUUCGAAAUCUUCAGGAGUUGUCAUGACUGUUAUUUGUGACACUAUGGUGGGAUUUCAGUAGGAAAAAAAAAAAAAAGAAGGGUUUCAGAAAGAUUGAGCUCCAUAUUUUGGUUCCUACAGUUUUUCUCUCACUUCAUAGGAUUUUUUUUAACUAUUCAAAUUUACUUUAAAAAAAUUUAAAUUCAUAGGUCCCCGAGAUUUCCAACGUUGUAACGUUACGUAACGAGGCGGAAAUUUCAUGGUUGGACGAAACGAUCGAUAACUACUACGGUAUCUUUUUCCUUAAGAGCGUAAAUAGUUGUAUUUCCUCAGAAAACUUCCACAUUUCGAGUUACGACGUGACCAAAGUUGAGAAAGCCGUCGAAAAACUUCAGUUGUACCUGAGGAAUUGGCAAAACGAUGAAUCGAUCCGGUUGGAUGUGAGGAUUUUUCCUCAAUUUUUCCCUGAUUGUGGAAAAUUUUCCAAGCUUGGACAUUCCACUAUAAGACAAGAAGUUAGGGGACGGAAAUAUUCUUUUUUCCAGGUCUUCGGCUCAUUCAAAAAUGGUUUUGGCGUGAAAGGUUCCGAUAUUGACGUCUGUAUGCGUUAUGGAAGCGACACUCCUCCAGAGGUUCUCUAUUUUGAAAAGAACUAGGUGGAGAAGUUGAUUCACAGAUUCCAACAGAACUGUUCUGAUCUGGAAAAAAAAAUGUGAAAAUAAAAUUCGCUUUGGAUGGCUUGUUAACCGGUAAACGUUUCCCUCAUAUAAAAUUUUGGUGAAAUCCUGUUUAUUCUUUCCACUUUGAGUGUUAUGUUUCUUAGUGAUAUGAAUAUUCAAAAGUUCAAAGGCAAAGAUGGAUAACAAUUUUCUAAAGUUUGUUUCAAAAGUUUUUGCAUUUCUAAUUUUAAGAGGGAUUUUUGCUCUCAACCCGUAUCCCGAUAUGUUCAGGGGAAAGCGGCGGUCGAUGUGAUCAAGAAAAUCGCGGAAGCUUUGUCCCAAUGCGCCUAUGUCAGACAUAUCCUCCCCAUCACCACGGCCAAAGUUCCGAUCGUCAAGUUCAAAUUGAACAUCGACAGAAACUUCUACAUUGACACAGAGUUUGCCCAUUUGGACGCAAAAUCAAUCAUUUCUCGACUCAUUCAGUAUAAGCUACUACAAUGUCCUCGCCCUCUACAACACACAAAUGUUACGGCGGUACUGUAUCUCUUCGAAGGACAACAGAGUCGCGAAACUGGGAUUGUUCGUCAAAAAGGUGACUUUUAUUGCUCUUUUUGGACAGUGAUUCAAUAAAAAAAAAUAAUUGAUAGAAAAAAAAAAGUGUAUAGCACAAAAAUAUAACUCACUAGCAUUUUUGUUUUAUUUCAAAAAACUAAAGAUUUGAGUCAAACUUAGGGCGUCACGGUCGAAAAAAUUUUUUUUUUCUGCUCAGUUAAAAGUAUAAUUUAGUUCAAACUCAUUAAACGGAUUAUAUAAAAAUAGAAACGUCUUUAAAGUAUGGGGUUUAAAAAAAUACGAAAUGGCAUUUUUUUCAGUUUAGGUACAAUUUUAAGAGUAAUAUAAUCAAAUUGAUUCUGUAAAUUUUCAAAUUUUCCUAUACUUCAGAUGUCGUCUGCCUGUUUUUAAUAGAGCUUUUUCUGUUUCCUGAGAAAUUUGAACUAGACUUUUUUUAAACAAUAAAUAGGGCUGAUCCUCUUUGUAACAAAAUGAUUAUUGCUCUUUCGCUUUUUUUUUGCAAAAAAUGAUUUUAGUGGGCGAAGGAAUGCGAUAUCGGGGACGCGGCGAAAGGAUCCCUGUCCUCGUACUCCUAUAUUGUUCUUCUCAUCCACUACCUCCAAAACCUGUCUCCGCCUGUUGUUCCACGACUUCAAGAAGUAUGUUCAACCGAAAUACUUCUAAAAAUUUGAAAUUUGCGACAUUUUAGGACUAUCUCGACUUGUCCUAUGAACAACGUCUGGUCGACAACUGGGAUACGUACUACCAUGAACUCGAUGAGAUGGUUUCAAACGGGAGAAGAAGUUUUAGAGGCAGCUUUUUUUCAGACUGGAUACGCGUCUGAGAACAAGCAGAGCGUUGGCGAGCUUUUCAUCGGAUUUUUGGAUUAUUAUUCUCGUUACGACUACGAUAACUUGGUGUGUAACUUUGCCUUCCUCGUUUCAGAUACUUGGAAGAAACUCUAGAAAAAAUAUUUCUAACGGUAGAUGUAGAAAUAGCGAUACAAGGUUCUGGUUUCUUCGAAUUUUCGCUCCAUUGUUAAUUUAAAAAUCCAAGUUUGGAAUGAGGUGCUGAAAUCAUAACUUUUUCACCUGUUUGGAUUUUUAAAAAAAGUAGUUGUUCUCCAGAAAAAAAAAUUGGUGUUGAUCUCUCUUUGAAUUUUUCUCUCGUUGAAAAAUUGACUUUAAAUCGUUGAAAUGCUCCUGUUUCAAAUUUUUGAUUUGGCAUUUCGCGAAAUCGAAAUCACGAACAGGACUAGUGAGCUAUAAAGCGCAUUAGCUCAAGAUCUUUUUUUGCCAUUUUUUUUUUAGUUAUGUCCGCAGUUUUCCUGCGCCCUGAUAUCAUUUUUUUUUUCUAUGAAAGAAGGCACAAAGUUCUCGCCCUGUUCAAAGUUAUUUUGCGAAAUUCGAAAAUAUCUCUGACUUUCCAAUUUAUGUUAUUCUUUUCAUUCUCUGACGGUAGUAUCAAAAUUCACGAAAUUACUUUGGACUCGCCAGUAACUUCAAAAUUUUGAGGUGAUCCAAAUCCGCCGUCGCAACCCGCUGACGAAAAUCGAAAAAGAGUGGCCGAGGUUGCUUUGUAUCGAGGAUCCUUUCGACUUUUCCCACAACUUGGGAGGCGGAAUCUUGAGGAAAAGUCAGUGAAUCCGAACAUUCCACUUUGACAUUUGAUGACUUUCAGUGUGGGCUUUCAUCCAGAAGACGAUCAUCUGCUCCCGACACACUUUCAUGGACGCCGAAGUACAUCGGAGAUUCUCGCAAUGUACACAGGAGAAAUACAUGGUUUGAGAAAAAGCAAGUCUGACCCGAUGAGAGAUCUUCCAGUCGAGUUUAUUCCGGUACUGCUCCCAGGGACAGGCCCCAAGCGAGAGGGCGUGCAGGUUCUGUCGUCGGAUCGGACACUACGUGGAGAACUGUCCAUCAAAGUUCGUUCUUCUUUUUUUUUCCUGAUAAGGGAACGCUUUUCAAUCCUCGGCUGAACUUUUGAUUAAACUAGGCUGAAAUAUUUUCCCCUUUGGAUUUCAGAAAAAGGAAAAAUUUUUUUUGCGAUAGAUGUUUUUCCUUGUUAUAACGCUUCAAUAUUUUCAAAUAACGCCUUUUCACAUUUUUUUUUGCGAAUUUUGAAGCGUUUUAGCUUGAAAAAGUUCUUCUAAAGUCAGGAGCUCCUCAAGUAGGCAAAGAUUCUUCAAAUUUUCAACCGAGAUCUAAAAAGGUACCUUAGUGAAGAAAUUAUAACCUCAAUAAUCACAGAAUUUUAUCAUGAUAAAAGGUAAAAGAAAAAUAAGAAAAAUAUAACAGAAAAAUCUGGUCGCAUUAGAUGGCUCAACGUGCAGUGGACGCAGUAAGUCGAAAUUCACAAUUUAGGUUUCGUUGAAAUUAAAAUUUUCAAUGCUCUUUUUGACUAAUUUCGAAGCGAAAUGAAUUUCUCUCAUUUAUCUGCGCCCUCUCACGCUUUAAAGUCGUGAACUUCUUUCGCGAAAAUUUUAUUUAUAUAAAUGCGACUUAGCUUCAUCAGCAUUUUUUCAAGGGACGCGGCGAGACGCAACCACCAGCCGAAAAAGAAGUUUGUCCAGCCCCGACAGCAGAACGGAGGUUUCCCCAGAACGUUCUAAAUCGAAAAUCACCCUCGAUUUUCCAGAAGACCCUUCGAGAAGCAACUGGGGUCGGCCGAGGCGAUACGAAAAACGCGUCGAACCUCGAUGA